AUGACCAAGCAAAGAGAUGCGCAUCUCGUAUGCGACUUUGCCAGGAGCUAUCUGUGUACUGCUGCAUAUCUCCAGUUGUGGUCAUAUCCACCACUUGACGCUAAGGACUGGGAGCGUGAGCACUGGUCCACUGAAGAAGUGAUCAUGCUGGGGAAAGCUGUUGUUGGGCACGUUCAGCGGGGACGGAUGGGGCUGGGUCAAGUGAUAGAGUUUCUGAAGGCGUUUAACUCCAGAACCUAUCAAGUUGUUCUUAGCGCUGGAGCCAUGCGGUCAGCUGGCCUGAAAAACAUCAAAGCAAAAUAUCUUGGUAGGUACUUAAUGCUAAUCAAAUUUGAUAAACUCAAGACCCUCUGGAACGUUGAUUGGGAUCAGCCCAAGCAGGGAGAAAGUGUCAAUGAUUAUGUGGAACUUGUCAACAAGGAGACCAUCACACCUCACAAAGUGCUUUCGAGGUACUUGGCUGCACCAGUAGUGGAGGAUCUAUGGGAUCUGGAUGAUUUAUGUUCCUGCAUGGUUACAAAUUACCACUAUUUCAUCUCUCGCAGCUGCAAUGCACAAGAAAUUUCCAUUCUACUUGGACAAUUACCCGGAAUGAUAUGCACCUUCCAAAUCCCACAACUUGUACCUCCAACUUCAUAUGACAUUCGUGGUAUCCGAUUGGAGCACACCACAACACAAACUUUGUGCAAUCUAACAGGUCUUGAGCAUGCGACUUAA